AAACUUCUACCUUUCCCGUCUUCCUCUACCUCCCCUCGUCUGCACUUGUGCUCCCCUCUUUCCCCGUGAGCGCUGGCGUGAACCUCCUUGGGCACCUCCUUGGGCACCUCCUUGCUUGCCCCACCAUCCCCCAUGCGCCCACGCUCCCACGCCCCAACGCCCCCACCCCCCAUCCACGUAUGUGCCCACCUCGCCAUGUCUUCACACUGCCGUCCCCCCAAAAUGCCGUCGCCCCCAUGCAUGCAUGCAGCAUGGGUGGGCGCGAAGCAGCAUGGGUGGGCGCGAAGAAGCAUGGCAUGGCGGGGAAGAGGGAGGGGCGGGUGAAGGAGCAGUACCCGUGGGCUUCCCACCGCUGGCUCGACUCGCUCCUCCGCCUGCCUGCGCAGCGGCAGCGCCUCUUCCUCGCCCACCGCCUGGCCACGAGCCCGCUGUCGAACGCACUGGGCGGGGUGGUGUUCCUGGGCACGCCCUUUUAUAUGAAGAGCUGGGAGCGCAACGGCAUGGUGCUGCUGCUCGCCACCACCGCCGUGUCCGUGGGGGUGACGUUCGUGGUCAUGUGGGGCUACGUGCUGCUGUGGCGCGUCGUCGUGCUCGCUAUUGCCGGCCAGCUUGCCAGCACCACCACUCCGAGCUACGUGCCCUUCUCCCUCGCCACUGCUGUUCUCAUCUUCGCCAUCAUCAGUGUGGCCAUGGAGCUCUGGCGUAGCACAGCCUUUUACAGCGGCAACAUCUACCACUCGCCCGGCUUUGAUUGGUCGCAUGCCAUGUCAGCACUCGUCAUCCAUGCCGGCAAAUUAGACGAAGCCAGCCUGGCGCUCUCCACCGAGCCUAUCGCCCGAGCCUACAUCUUCCCGCAGCUGGCCUCCAUGCUCAAGCUCCCCUUCUGGAAACCCCUCCCGCGCCGCCCGGUCACGAGAAAAUGUUCCGAAUGGACGCUGUACAUCAGCAACACUGCCCGGAUCCUCAUGUGGAACGUAAUUUUCAUCCUGCCCGCAGCGGCAGUGGCGCUGCUGUCGCGCGUGCUGGCGCCGGUGGUAAUCUCAAUGGUGCGCAACGUGAUCGUGACGGUGAGCUUCGGGCUGUCCCCCAAGGAGCUGAGCUUCGCCAGUGUGUUUGUGGACGAACGACUCGACCUCGGCUUGGCGUCACAACACAUCGAACACUGGAACGUGCAGAAACUGCUGGCGCUGGCCAAGACGAGGUCGCUGCAGGGCGAGCUGAUGGAGGGGUAUGAGGACGACACGUGUGACAUGGGGGAGGCUCUAUUUGGGGACGGGCUACCUGAGGAGGGGGUUCCUCGGGAGGGCAUACCUCGAAAGAAGGUACCCGUGACAGGGGUACGUGGAGAGGGGCUGAUUGGAAGAGAGGGGAAGGUGGAAGAGAGAAAGGAGGAGGAGGGGGUUGGAGGUGGGGAGGUGAGAGUGAGGAGGCAAGGGGACGCGGACGAAAGAUCGGGUGGUGAGGGCGAAGGGAGUCCUCUGAUAGACUCGACACAGACAGAUGCGACAAGACCACAGCAGGAGGGCUGCAUAGAUGCAGCUGAGCCUCUUGACUCGCGAGCACGGCUCUCAGGUACACUGGGCAGCGGUCCACCAGUGGAACCCGCUGCUGCGGCCCUGCAGCAGGUGGCAGCAGGAGGAGGCGAGGAGGGAGUGGAGGGCCGCGCAGCCUGCAGCUCGAUGCGGAGCCGCUUCCGACGGCGCGUCACGUUCACCGAGCGGUCUCUGCGACAGGGGGAGAGGAGAGCGGAGGGGGGUGAGGAUGGGGGUGAGGAGGGGGGUGAGGAGGGGGGUGACGGCAAGGAGAAGCGAGGAGGGGAAGGAAGCAGCUCAGAGGGAGCUGGAAGUGCAGCAUGGAAGGGGGGAGUGGGCGGUUCAUCAAGAGAUGGUUUGGGCGGGGCCUCUGUCGGGGAUGCACAUGAAGAGAUGAAAGGCAAGCAGCAGCGGGGAGUGGAGGAGAAGGGCAUGGGGUCCAGGCACGGCAGUGGCAGCAGGGGUGAGCGGCUGGCAUAUGAGUUCCUGUGGGACGAUGGAGUGCUGGAGGCAGCCGCGCGCGAGUCAGAGACGUACACGCUGCUCAGGCCGCAGCUGCACGCCAUCACCCACAACCCCCGCCUCUCUGACCAGGAGUGCGUGCGGCAGGUGAGGCAGCAGACAGACAGGUGA